UGCAUUCUCAAUCGCUAUUCAAAUCAUCCAUAAAAUGAUAAAAACCGAUCUUUAAUUUCCUUCUCUCUCUAACCUUUCCCCUUUUUCUCUGUUUUACAGUUUGAAUUUAUCCUGAAAUUCAGUGUCAUAAUUUUCCGUGCUCGAGAGCGCGCGGAGGAGAUCAGGAUAGGAUCUCCGCCGUGCCUCGCCGGAACGUGACGGAAUCUCCGGUCUAAAGCUUAGAGAAAAAGCGAGCAGGAAAACGCCGAUUGGGUCUGACACAGGACAGAGGGAGAAUUCAUAUGCAUAUUUUAUAGAGAAAUUAUUCAAACAAGAGAGAGAAAGAGAGAGCAUAGAUGAUAGUACAUGUGAUUAACGUGCAAUGUAGGGAAAACAAGGAAAAUAUGAAGAGAGAGAAAGGCAUCGACGAAGCUUUGGAGGAGGUUAUUUGCACGGCACAGAUACCUAGAUCUCUUCUCCAAUCUCCCUUACCCUUGCCUUUUGCCGCAAAUUAUUCCGUUUCCCUGUCAUUCUUAAAUUCCGAGAUGAUUCUCCCUUCGGUUUCUCUCCUUCAAUUGCUAUAGCCUUCUUAAAAUCCUUCUCCUCUUCCUUCUGCUCGUUUCUGUGUUUUUAGUUUCAGUAUUAUCUUUGUUUUCGUUCCGACUUCUGAGAUAUGCUGCUGUAAUCUCACAGUUUCUUUCUGAAGCUAUAUCCUCUAAACUUCAACAAGAACUGAUUUUUUGUGAUUGUUGGAGGCUAAGGGUUGAUUUAUUCUAAAAGGAUUAACCAAGCCUUCUGAAAUGAUGAACUCUAGGGGUUUUUCUCCUUCAUCCUUCUUUUCAGAGGAGGUGUACUUGUCUGAUGAGAAACAGGUUGGUAUAAAGAAGAUGGACCAAAUGAGUGGUUAUGCCGGUUUCAAACUAGAUGGGAUGCUAAGACCUGAAGGCGUUGCUUCGUCACCAUAUGAAAAUAAAAUCCCAUUGGAUUCACAUACGGGAAAUGGUUUUGCUCUUCCUGACUAUUAUCUCAGCCGUGGUCGACAUGUUAACCUUUCGUUGGGAAAUCAUCUUAUUGGAGCUGUCAGCCGCUCCUUGCCGAGUGCUGUUGAUCAUGAUCUGGGUUCUAGAACUAAUUCGAACAUAGAGCCUGUGCCAUAUUGUUUUGAUGGAGAUAAAAUAAACCUCACCGGUGCUCAGUAUGAAAAUGGCCUUUUCUCAAGUUCAAUGUCGGAUUUAUUUAGUAGAAACUUAAAAUUGUCAUCUAACAAUGGCCCGUAUGGUCACUCCUUUGCUGCUGCUGCUUCCUCCCAUUAUGAGGAAGAGGAAGUUUUUGAAUCGCUAGAAGAACUUGAGGCUCAAACUAUUGGUAAUCUUCUACCAGAUGACGAUGACUUGCUUUCUGGUGUGACUGAUGGGUUUGGCAGUGUUAUGAGAUCUAAUAACGUGGAAGACGUGGAAGAUCUAGACCUCUUUAGCAGUGUUGGAGGAUUGGAACUUGGAGAAGAUAGCUUCUUGCAAAGAAAUCCUGAACUUUGUGAUUUCAAUUCUAACAAUCAGCUGGGAUCCAACGGCGGGGAACACCCUUUUGGUGAGCAUCCUUCUAGGACACUCUUUGUCAGAAAUAUAAAUAGCAACGUUGAAGACUCUGAAUUGAGAACACUUUUUGAGCAAUACGGAGACAUCCGCACCCUGUAUACAGCAUGCAAGCAUAGGGGAUUUGUUAUGAUCUCAUAUUAUGAUAUAAGAGCUGCCUGCAAUGCAAUGAAAGCUCUUCAGAAUAAGUCAUUGAGGCGUCGGAAACUUGAUAUACAUUUCUCAAUUCCGAAGGAGAAUCCAUCAGAAAAGGAUGUAAACCAGGGUACCCUUGUGGUUUUCAACCUUGAUUCUUCUGUUUCAAAUGAUGAACUCCGUGAAAUAUUUGGUGUCUAUGGUGAUGCCAAGGAGAUUCGUGAUUCUCCGGGCAUGUCUUAUCACAAAUAUGUAGAAUUUUAUGAUGUCAGAGCUGCAGAAUCUGCACUUCGUGCAUUGAACCGGAGUGACAUUUCCGGAAAGCAGAUUAAGCUUGAACGAGGUCGACUUGGUGGCUCCCAAAGAUUCCUGGAGCAGGAAGAAUCUGGUUUUCUGUUGCAGCAUAGCCCUUUGAAUAACCUAUCAAGUGGAUUUUCUGCAGGAUCGCUUUCGCUGGGGGGGACAUUCUCUGGUACAGAGAAUGCAAUUCAUGGCCCUCUCUCGACAAAUGGAGGUCAUAUUGGUCCUCUCCUGGAUGAUGUGCUACAACAUGGUGUAUCAUCUAGUGUACCUAACAGCUUACCAUCUCUAAUAAGAGUUGAAUCUGGAAACCAAUCCAACAUUGUUGAAUCUGGCCAUCCACACAACCACCCAAAAUAUGAGCUCCAGAGCCAGUCGAAUCUUCAUCCGCAUUCUCUUCCUGAAUAUCAUGAUGGUUUAGCAAAUGGGCCUCUCUUCGGUUCUCCAAGUAAUAUAGCUGCAAAUGUUAAUAUCCGUCCUCCAGAAAUAAGUGAUGGCCAUCAGUUCCGUAGAAUUACCCCUAAUGGACAGUCAAUCGAGUUAAAUGAAGUUUUUGGUACCUCUGGAAACGGGAGCUGUCCUCCUCCCGGGCGUCAGUACAUGUGGAGUAAUUCCCAUCAUCCACAACAACCUCAGGCUGUUUUAUGGCCUAACUCGCCGUCUUUUGUUAAUGGCAUUGGUGCUGCUCAUCCUUCACAGAUGCAUGCUGUACCUCGAGCACCAUCUCAUAUGAUGAAUCCACUUCUAUCUAUAAAUAGCCAUCAUGUGGGAUCAGCACCUUCUGUCAAUCCUUCUCUAUGGGACAGGCGGAAUAUGUACGCAGGGGAGUCGCCUGAUGCUGCUUCUGUAUUCCACCCUGGUUCGCUUGGGAACAUGAGAAUGUCUGGUAAUUCCCCACAUCCAUUGGAAUAUGUCCCUCAUAACAUCUUCCCGCGCCCCGGCGGAAAUUGUGUGGACUUACAAAUGCCUUCCAAAAAUAUUGGACUGCAUCCCCAUCACCAGAGGUGCAUGAUUUUUCCUGCAAGAGGCCAAAUGCUUCCUGUGAUGAGUUCAUUUGAUUCUCCUAAUGAACGAACCAGGACACGUAGAAAUGAUUGCAAUUCAAGUCAACCUGACAAUAAAAAGCAGUUUGAGCUUGAUUUAGAGAGAAUUGCACGUGGAGAUGAUAAGCGGACUACACUUAUGAUAAAGAACAUUCCUAACAAGUACACGUCGAAGAUGCUUCUUGCUGCAAUUGAUGAACGUCACAGAGGAACUUAUGAUUUCAUUUACUUACCUAUUGAUUUUAAGAACAAAUGCAAUGUGGGAUAUGCUUUUAUAAACAUGACUGAUCCUACACUUAUAGUGCAUUUUUAUCAGAGUUUCAAUGGAAAGAAGUGGGAGAAGUUUAAUAGUGAAAAAGUGGCAUCUUUAGCAUAUGCUCGAAUCCAGGGCAAGGCUGCCCUUAUUGCUCACUUUCAGAAUUCAAGCUUGAUGAAUGAAGACAAAAGAUGUCGACCUAUACUUUUCCAUACAGAUGGUCCGAAUGCCGGAGAUCAGGUUCCUUUCCCAAUGGGUCCCAACAUUCGACCACGGCCUGGAAAAACCCAAACCAGCACUUCCGAUGACAACAGUCAAGACAUCCCAUCAAAUUCUCUGAAUGGGGAUGAUUAUUCCAACGGGGACUCAUCUUCUGGUUCCGGUAAAGAUUCAGACUGAGUUUUGUGACAACUAACCUCGUAGAAACUGAACAACACUGGCUAGUCAUUGUACUGGAAAUUUUGGUAUUGUACAUUAAAGUGUGUAAUGGUUAAGAGGGAAGAGCAGAAGAGUAGUGUGCAUUGUUGUGUAGUAGAAAUUGACAAUUUGCCUGACCAAAGAGCGUUGGAGUAUUCGUUGUGGUGCGGUUACUGAAACAAAGAGCAACAUCAUGGAGCUUCGAAAUUUUGAAUGUCGAUAUAUUGAGGAGUUCGGUUGUGUUGUACUAUGUGUUUGUAUAGAGAGAGCUUUCAUCUUCUCUUGUUUUUUGGGCAAUUUGCUAAGAGAAGUCGGUAACAAACUGCAACAAUUUUCAUUCAUGGAUGGAUUGCAGCAAUUCCUUUUUUACUAUGUAACUUUCACUUCUUGAUUUUCUUCCACUAUCCCACUGCUUUUAUUAUCUUCACUUAGUGGAACAUAUCCUUUUUCGGCUUC